AUGCUACUCUCUAUUUCUCUUUUUACAGCAGCUGUUUUCAUUACAUUCUUUUCCCCCAGUGUCGAAGUCCUCUUGGUUGGACAGAUAUGCCAGGGUAUUCCUUGGGGUGUCUUUCAGACUUUGACGACAGCUUAUACUGCCGAGGUCUGCCCUGUUCACCUUCGUGGGUAUCUCACAGCCUAUGUGAAUCUAUGCUGGGUCAUCGGACAGUUUCUGUCUGCUGGAGUGUUACGCGCAAUGGCCGAUCGAACCGACGAGUGGGCAUACAGGAUUCCUUUCGCCAUUCAGUGGAUCUGUCUCUUAGUCAUGGGAGGACUCGGCACGAGACCAAAGACUUCUGCUAUGGGCUGGACUAUCGGAAGUAUGCUCAUUCUGUAUGCGUUUGUGUAUAACGUCACUGUUGGCCCUAUUUGUUAUGCUCUUAUGUCGGAGGUUCCUGCGUCCAAGCUUCGAAGCAAGACAGUUAUCCUAGUAGGAAUGACGUACAACAUUCUCAACAUUAUCGGCAAUGUCAUCACACGUUACAUGCUCAACCCGGGUGCUCGGGCUUAG